AUGAAUCGUCGUAAAUCACAAUUAUUCUCAUUAUCUAUCUUACGUUGGUUUUACAAUAGUAUUGCUAUUAUACUUGGUAUAGUUCCACAAUCAAAACGAACUCGUCGUAUCUCAUCUAAACGAUGUAAUAAAAUUUUUAAGAAAUCUACGAAACAAAAAUCUUCACAAAUAGUUAUGCAUACAGAUAUGAAUACUAGGAUUAAUGAUGAUAUUUGUAGAUCUUCUGAGAUAGCAGUACUUAACAACAAUAAUAAUAAUAACCGUAUUUUUGACAAUUUAACACAUGGUGACAUAAGUGUUAAUAAAUGGUUUGAUAACAAUCAACAUCGAAUUUUAUGUAUUCAAGUAGAAAAUGAUAAGAUGCUCGAGUAUAUUCAAAAUUUAUUGAUAAAACAUAGAUCAACAUUGAAAAAUAUUCGAUUUAUUAAUUUUCAAGAACUUAUAGAAUCUAUUCAAUUGAUAAUAAUGAAUAGAACUCAUGAAGAUGUUUCAACAAUGACAGAUAUCAAUCAAAAUUGUUGUCAUGAUACAUUUUGUAUUAAUUUUAUGACACAAUCUGAAAAUAAACGUCGUUUGAAAGCAUUAGAAUUUAUUCGAAUAUUUAUUGAAAUGAAUGAAAAAGAUUUUUGUCAACAUCUUAUUAUUAAAGAACAUCUUUGUCAACAAAAGACAUUAGCUAUUUAUCAGAUAAUAAAACAAUUUCUUAAUAUUGUAUAUGAACAGAAAUGA